ACAGAGCUUUAUAGCAAGAAGAUCGCAUGAAUCUAAAUGACCGCGACACAUGCUAUUAGUUCAUCUCACCUUAUGAGUGGGAAGAGCACAUUCCAAGUUGCUGUCUGAACAAGCCAGGAUUCAUGAAACAGGCAGCAUCAAAUCUUUUGCUGAGGCUGCGAAUAACCAAAACUCUAUCUUGCCCAGCCCAAGAAAUAUGCUUUAUUGCGAUAAAGCAAACCCCAUCAAUUGCAGGCAGCCAGCCGGCCACAUUGCCCCCACUUCACACCUUUGCUCGAAGCAGCUCCCAGUUUUCAAUUGGCAAAACAUAAGAUAAUGGCCCCAUGCCCCAUUUUCAAAAGCUCAUCUUUUUCCUCCCUCUUUGUUUUGGACCCCAUUAGCCAUAGCCCAGCCUCCUUUUAACACCAUUACUCCAUUCCCUCGCUCUUGUUGUUGUCCUUGCUCUCUAGCUUGCUUUCACAUUAGGGCCACUCUACACUCUUGAGCCUUGACACUUCUCUUCCCCUUCAUUGCCUUCUUGGUGGUGGUGCUUCACAAAUGGGCACUCCUUAUCACUUCCAAUCUCCAAGAACCAUCAUGAACAAGAUCAUCAACAUGAAGCAGCAGCCACCGGCGCUGCCGCAGCCGCCACCGCCGGCUCCGACCAAGAUAAUCCUGCAGCCGCGCCACCGGACCACCCCGGCGAUGUGGUGCGCCGCCAUCGUCUGCUUCGCCUUCAGCAUCCUCCUGAUCGUCGCCGGCGUGGUCAUCCUGAUCGUCUUCCUGGCAGUGAAGCCGAGGGCACCGUCGUUCGACCUCGCCAACGCCAGCCUGAACAGCGUCUACAUCGACUCGCCGGCCUACUUCAACGGCGACAUGACGUUCGUGGCCAACAUCUCCAACCCCAACCAGAAGAUCGACAUGGUGUUUCGGUCCGCCACUGUUGAGCUCUUCUUCAAGGACAGGCCGAUGGCAUCACAGGCGCUGCCGCCGUUCGCGCAGCGGCGGGGCCAGUCCCGGGUCCUGAACGUGCACAUGGUGUCCAGCCGAGUGCUGCUGCCGCCGGAGGUGGCCAUGGAACUGGUGAACCAGGUGAGGAGCAACAGGGUCGUGUACACCAUCAGAAGCGCAUUCAAGGUGGAGGCCAGGUUCUGGUUUGGGCACUACUCAUACUGGAUGUAUACCAUCUGUGAACUGGAGCUCACUGCCCCUCCCUGUGGAGUUGUUGCUGCUAGGAGAUGCCGAACAAAGUGACUUGCCUCUGAUUUCUCCUUCCAUUUCUUUUGUCUUAUCAAAUCUUAGAACCUUUUGUGCACUGAAAUUGGGCAUGGCAAGGAAAACAUACUCACGAGUCAUGUGGAUUUGAGGCUGUUUCUUCCUCUCUCCUGUU